AAAUUCGAUAUUUCGAGUUCGACCUAGAGAGGACGCUCAUAAGAGGCCGAUUUACCCACAAAAUUAAUUACAGAGGAUUAAUCACAUACACGAUUUCAAAAUGGUUAAGAAAAGAGUUCGCGAUCCGGAAGAACUUCCUGAUGCACCUACUCAUAGUGCAGGGGAGGAAAAUGAUAGUGGAAGUGACGUGAGUUUGGCUUUCUUUCGAGUGUGGAUAAUAAACAUAGAUGAGUUGAAGGGGAGGAUGAAAAAGAGGAAUUUAGGACAGGAAUUGGAGUGGCGGAAUGCAUUUCCUAUUUCUUUUUUUCUCCCUCUCAACUGCGCAAUAUGUUUGUAGCAACGAGAGUCAAAGUAUCCCACACUAACACACAUGCAAUAACCAGGGCGAAGAUAUCCUCAACGUCGACUUUGAAUGGUUCAAUUUCCGCGAAAUCGAUUUCCACGGCGUCAAGAGUCUCAUUCGUCAAUUAUUCGAUGUGGAUAGUCAGUUAUUGGAUUUAAGCGGAUUGGCAGAUGAAGUUGUUAAGCAGGGGACGAUUGGUAGUACGGUGAAGGUUGAUGGGGAGGGUACGGAUGCGUAUGCUUUUAUGACGGUGCUUAAUUUACAUCGAGGGAAUGUGUCGGAAGGGGAUAAAGGGGAGAAGGAGGUAGGAGACGCGGUUAGGGGGCUUAGGGGCUAUUUGGCUAGUCAGGCGAAGGAGGGAGGUUUGCUUCAGAGGGUUGUUGGUGGAGGAGGACAAUUGGGUGGCGAUGUGGGGGUGGUUUUGGCGGAGAGAUUGAUCAAUGUUCCUGCGGAGGUGGCGCCGCCUAUGUAUGGGAUGUUGGUUGAUGAGUUGGAGGCAGCGGUGGAGGAUGGGGAACCCUAUGAUUUUGCGUAUUAUUUAGUUGUGUCGAGGGGAUAUCGAGAGGUAGAAUCUAGACUAGAUAGAGAGGAGCAGGGUCCGAAGAGUAAGAAGAGUAAGGGCAAAGCGAGGGCGUCGGGGGAGUUGUUUUAUUUUCAUCCAGAGGAUGAGGUGCUUAAGAGGUUUAGUUGUGCGUAUGAGGAAUUUGAUUAUAAGAAGGAUGAGGGGGAGGGUAUGGCGGAUAGUAAGAGGGCUUUUCAGGAAAUGGGUAUUAGAGCCGUGGGAGAACUUAUUCUUAUUGAGAAGGCUAAAUGGGAGGAAUGUGUUAAAGCUUUGGGGGAAUAUUUGGGUGCGCCGGUUGAGAGUUCUUAGAAGAAAUGAAAGAAAUAAAUUCAAUAUUAAUGUCAUGCAUAGCUUGGAAGUGUUUUAUAUAUUCUUUUUAAUCGG